AUGGCCACUGGCAUGGCCAGCUUUGGGGUGCUCCUUUGCCUGCCUCUGGCCUGGGGAGCUCGCCCAAGCGAAUUCCACGAAUCCCUGGACAUUGAUCCUGGAAUCAGUCGCGGGGCUGUAAGCCUCGGGCCAAACGAUGAGGAGCUGCAACGCCUUCUGGGCGCCUGGCCCCGGGACCUUCUCUCGGAUGCAGAGAAGGCAGAGCUCCGGGAUCUGCGGCCGAACUCGUGCCCACUUUCAGAAGGGCCUCAACCCAAGAUUUCAACACAGACGAAGAAGGUCUCUGUCACUAUGAAGAUCAGGAAGCACUGCUCACAGGCCAUGUUUUGGGUUGGGCUUGGACGAGGCACUGCCAACACCAUCUCUGCCAGUGCCGAUUCCCUGACUUGGAUCGCUGAGAACACCGCGGCCCUGGCCAAAGAUGCAGCCGGAGGGACCCCUGUUGGCUUGGCCUUGACUGCUACUGGUCUGGCGCUGAAUGUACAGGAACGAAGAGAGCUAAAGGCAAAGCUCGAAAGGGCACUGCAAGAAAAGCGAGGUGACGAGGUAAACCUGAUUCAAUGCCAGCUGAAGCUCAACAGGCAGAAUCGUUACCUCACCUUUUUCACCACAGCUGUGGGUGCAAGCUUUGCUGCUGCGUCCACAGUGGCAUCCAUGGGGACGGCAACACCUGCCGCAGUCAGCGCAGGAAUGGUGAUAACAAGCAUCCUGAACAAGAUCCGGAACAAGAGGAGCUGCUCUGCUCUGCAAGCACUGGUUGACAACCCGGCAUGCUUGCGUGAUCAGACCGAUACACAGGAGCGAGGCGACCUGAGUGAUGAUUCCGUGUCAUGCCCCGUAAAGGCAGGGGAGGAUGACGAUGGUGUGCGAAGGCUCUUGAACACGAUCGAGGAGGACGAGCUCGAAGUCUGA